AUUUGUUUUCAAACUUAUUAUAAAAUUGUAACAAAAAAAUAGAUAAGGUCUUUUAUAAUAAAGACAGUUUUCACCAAAACGAUGUAAUGAACAAAAUUGCAGUUCAAGAAUAGUAUAUUAUUAAAUAAAGAAUAGGAAACAAUUAAAAAUUAAGGACAAUAUUGAUAAAGAAUUGCAACUUUCAAUUUUUAAACUUUGCCUUUAAAACGUAUUGCGAAAUAUGGAUUUAACCCAGGAAGAAUAUGUAAAAGAUCCAAGGAUUGCUUGCAAAUAUGGUUGGAAAUGUUAUCAGAAAAAUCCGAUUCAUCAAACCAAAUAUAAACAUCCCCCAAAAAAACGACAAGUUAAUCAUAAUUAUCAACAACCCAAUAAAAAGCAAAAAUUAAAUCCUGAUGUCGCAACAUCAACAUUUAAUAAAAUUGAUAAAAAUGACGAAGAUAUUGAAGAGAAAAUCGAUAAUGUAGAAAGAAAUAAAGAGUUAAUUAGCGAAAGUGAUAAUGAAAGUGAAAAUGAAAAUAUAAAAAUAAAAGUUGUUGAAAAGAAAAUUGAGAUACCAGAAAAAACAGAAAUUGAAACAAAAAAAUUAAGCGAUAAUAAAAAUUUAAUCUUAAGUGGUUUUGAUAAAAAAGAAUUUAUAAAAUCGAAAUUUUUGGUGGAAAUGCCGAACGAUUUUUAUCAAUUUUGGGAUUUUUGUAAAAAUUUAAAUUCAAAAGAUCCAUGCUUAGCCUUAAAAGAAAUCGAUUUAACAUUAGUUGGUCCUUUCGACGUAUUAUCCGGCAAAUUUGAUGAUAAAUUAGAACAAGAUAAUGAAAACUACUUAAUUCAUUGGAGAUUUUACUACGACCCACCAGAAUUUCAAACGAUUUUAAUCGGAACUAAUUGGGGUUAUCAUAUUGGGUAUUUUAGAGAUGAACCGAAUAAAAACCCCGUUUUCUUAGCAGAGAAUUACGCCGAAAAGAAUGGAUCAUUUUCCGUAAUGGGAGAUAACAUUUUUGGAUCAAUUUUUAUAUAUUUAAAUGAUCUCUUAAAAAAAGCGUCUCCAUUUAAAAAGAUGUCGAUUCAAAAGUUCAUAAAUCUCAUUAAAAAAGAAUCGGAAAGGCUCGAUUUAAAUCUUUCAAAGAAAACUAAUUCGAUAACGCAACGAGAUCGAAAUGUAAUUGCGAGAUCUUUUAAUUCGUUGGGAAUGGUUGUUCCGUAUAAUAAAGAGACCGAAUUGGGAUACAGACCGCUUGCUAUAUCAAACAAAGAGUUGAAGGUUCUUUUUGAAAAACUCGCAAAAGCUACCGAUUCGGAAAAAGCUUCUCUUAUGAGCGAUUUACAGCCGGUUUUGACUUACGCCAGCAUCGCCACUGAUGAAUGCGAUUUUGCGACGGGAUUAGAACUUGGACUUGAUAUGUUAUUUUAUGGUAUAGAACAUUUAAAUUUACUUACAAAAAAAUAUUUAUCAACAGCUUAUAAUUUGUUAAACCGAUCCGAAUUUGCUUUAAUAAUUCAAGCUCAUAUGAGUAAUCGAAGAAAAGGAAGUGAUUUAAGUAUUAUUUAAUAAAUUUUUGUAUUGUAUUUUAUUUAUUUAAGUUACUAAUAAAUGAAAAAUUGAUAGCA